AUGCCAAUCUGGGGUCUCUCGACCGAGUCUAUGAGCCCUGGCCGCCUCCCGAUCUUGGUGGUAAGGCCGCAGCCGAAGAGGGCGACGGAGAUGGCGCGGGAGAGUACGGGUGUUCCAGGGGAUCACUUUUUCGGUACACAGGGAAAAAGAAAAAGAAAGCGGGGCGCCGGCGGCAAUUGGAGAGCAGCCGCUCGCUCGCUGGUGGCACCUGUCGGCAGCGAGCGAUCUGCUGCCAUUCGGACCCGGUCUGCCUCCGCCAUCAUUGGCUCGCCGUCCCGCGGCGCCGCGAGCAGCGAGCGCAGAGCCUCGUCCGCCAUCAUUGGCAAAAGCGUGCCGCCAGUCGGACGUCUCUCGCGCUGGCUCUCUGGUCGCCUGCGCUGCACAUUGGACUACUGCGCGAUCGGCGGCUCGGCGGUGCGGCGGCUUCUGCCACGGCGCAGGCCCCUCCGGCGGCUCAGCCUCUGUGAUGAGGGCGAGUCGGUAAAGGUGUCGCGCUCGGGCGGCAAGCGCAUCAUCAAGUGCGUCGACCCUCCGGCGGCUGAGGCGGAGGAGUGCGACCUCGACGACGCCAUCAGCCUGCUCUGA